ACCAAAAGACUUAUUCCCUUACAUCAUCAACAAACGACUUCUCUUUUCCCGUCUUCCCUCUAAACAAUAUUCACAACAACAUUAACUACCACUCUUCUUUUCCCAUUCAUUUAAAUUUUCUUCAUUAUUUUCUCACAUUUUCUUGCCUUUUUCUUUCUGGGUUUGUCAGCCCAGAUUGGAUUUCAUCUGGGUUUUCAAUAUUUUGAGGGCUGGUUUUCUGGUUCAGGACAAUGCAGAGAGAUACACCUACAAUUAUGAGGUUCUUUUGGCCUUCUCGGAAUUGAAUGUUUUGCACAUUAUUGAUGGACAUUGUUAUUCUUGUUUGAUUGUUUCACAUCUUUGGCUUAUGGCGGAUAAUGUAUGAUUUCAUUUUAGGAAUCUUUCUUAAUGUUCUAUCAAUUCCAUGUUUUUCUUAGUUGUUCAUUGUUGAUCUUUUUGGACCAUUAUGGCAGUGGCUGAGAGGAAUGCUUCUUCUUCCGUUGUGAUUAUUUCUCGAAACUGUUUGUUUAGUUUGUUCCUAAUAUCAACCAUUUUUUUCUCAUUGUCUUGGUUCUAUGUAUUGCGUUCCACUGGCACCCAUCAUCUUGUUGAGGCUGGUUCAUUAACCAAUUCCAAGCCCCUUACUGUAAUAGACAAUAGCAGAAAUAAUUUACAGGAAGAAAAAGAGUUAUUUCGAAAGAAAUAUGACGCGAAAUGCAGUAAAGAUAAUGAAUUGUUGCUUAAGGUUUAUAUGUAUGAUUUGAACCCGGAGUUUCAUUUCGGACUCUUGAACUGGAAACCAGAAGGGGGUAGUGUUUGGCCUGACAUUAGAGUCAAAAUACCCUCAUAUCCUGGUGGGUUGAACUUGCAACAUAGUAUAGAAUAUUGGCUUACCUUGGAUCUUCUAGCUUCAGAGGUUUAUGAUAAGCGGGAGGCUUGUAGUGUGAUAAGAGUUCGCAACUCGAGUGAAGCUGAUGUAAUUUUUGUGCCAUUCUUUUCUUCAUUGAGCUACAACAGGUUUUCAAAAAGGCAUCCAAAUGAAAAGAAGAGCCAGAACAAGGUGUUGCAAGAGAAGUUGGUGAAGUUUUUGACUAGUCAAGAGGAAUGGAAGAGAAGUGGUGGAAAAGAUCAUAUAGUCGUGGCUCACCAUCCUAAUAGCCUGUUAGAUGCUAGGUUGAAGCUGUGGCCUGCAAUGUUCAUUCUUGCAGAUUUUGGGAGGUAUCCUCCCAAUAUAGCAAAUGUUGAAAAAGAUGUGAUUGCGCCUUACAAACAUGUGAUCAAAUCGCAUUUCAAUGAUGCAUCAGAGUUUGAUAGCCGUCCAAUUUUGCUGUAUUUCCAAGGAGCCAUAUACAGAAAAGAUGGUGGCUUUGUGAGGCAAGAGUUAUUUUAUCUUUUAAAAGAUGAAAAAGAUGUACAUUUCACGUUUGGAAGUGUUCAAAAGAAUGGAGUCACAGAAGCUUCCCGGGGAAUGCACUCUUCCAAAUUCUGCCUCAACAUAGCUGGUGACACCCCUUCAUCAAAUCGCCUCUUUGACGCCAUUGCUAGCCAUUGUGUACCUGUAAUCAUUAGUGAUGAAAUCGAGCUCCCUUAUGAAGAUAUUCUUGACUACUCAGAGUUCUGUAUAUUUGUUCGCACAUCAGAUGCUGUCAAAGAAAAAUUUCUCAUAAACCUUAUAAGGAGCAUAAAAAAGGAAGAAUGGACGCGUAUGCGAGAUAGAUUAAAAGAGAUUGAACAAUUUGUUGAGUUUCAAUACCCAUCCAAGAAAGGUGAUGCUGUCCAAAUGAUAUGGCAGGCAGUGGCUCGAAAGAUCCCUUCCAUUAGAAGGAACAUACACAAGUCUAGGCGAUUCUCUCAAACUGUUACUGAUAAAGAGAAAGGAUUAAGAUCGAUAUCAUUGCCACGCAAUUUUUGGUGAAAGGGGAAGUUUUGAUUCAUUUGGGCAUGGCAGUUUUUAUACAUUUUGAUUGGAAGCACAGCAAUUAGUUUUUGGAGGUGCAUGAAGGUGAGAAAUGCUGCAGAAUUUUUUAGAUUAAAACUGCAAUGCCCUUGUACAAAAGGUUUUUUCAUUUGUUCAGCUUCCAUAAAUGGCUAGAAACAUCGUUUUCUGGGCAAACCUCUUGAAGCAGGGAGUAUGACUAGAGAUAAUUAGAGAUCAUAUUUGUUUACUCAGUUAUUAUUUUUAGUAAUUA